AUAAGCGAGCCGGAGGAAGCGGGAGCUGAGGCUAACGCUGCUGGUAGAGAGAGAUAGAGGAGCACACAGGCGCAGUCACUGUCAGAGAGACACAGACACAGAGAGAGGGGAAAACGGACAGAGAGGGACAGGCACAGAGGUACAGUCGCAGAAAGAGAAAUACAGAGAAAAGAGAGUCACAGAGAGGUAAAAAAGGUGGGAGAGAGAGAAACACACACACAGAGUGUAGCAGAGAUACAUUGAGGUACAGUGUGCAGCGCACACAUAGAAACACAGACGCAUACACACACGGAGGCAUACAGAGUACAGCACAGACGCAGCGGGUCUGGUACACGCAGUUACACGCAGUGACACCCAGGCACGGAACGGACAGUCGGGACCAGUGUCCGGAGCAAGAGCGCGCUCCGUGGAUAUAACGUGCAGAGGGAGCCGGCGGCAGCCCGGGGCGAUGAGCCGGUCAGGCGCUGCGCUGUGAGCGGGACCGAGGGCUGACCAUGAAUUUGGGCAUCGCACUGCUCACCUUGUGGCACCUGUGGCUGGAGACCGAGGGUGACUGGAUCCCUCCUGAACACGGACACCGGAGCUUCCUCUUCCAUCCGACACUGGACACGGACAUCAAUAAUUCUGACGACCUUGAUUUGGUGUCUGUAAACGAAGGUGAUCGUGCGAAAGUGGUGCGUGUGACCCGUAGUACAGAGGUGGAAAUGGCCAAGCCAGCCGAGUGCAAGGUCCGGCCGGAGGUGGUGGAGAUAACGCGGGGCAUGGUGGACCCCACCAGGGCCAACUUCUACCUGUGGCCGAGCUGCGUGGAGGUCCAGCGCUGCUCGGGCUGCUGUAACUCCAGGAUCUACAAGUGCCAGCCCACCCAGGUACAGAAGCGACGAGUGAAGGUCAGGAAGCAGGUGUACCGGCGGAAGAGCAGCGUGAUCAAGAUGGUGGAGGUGGUGUUACUCGAUCACGUGGCGUGCAAGUGCAUGACUGCAGCUCAGUCUGCAGACUCUCAGGGGAGAGAAGAUAUCUUCUCCGACGAUGUGAUGCUGCAUUUCCAAGGCAGACCUGCUUUACGCAGCCAACGGGAAAUAAUACGACGCCCUCUGGGAACAACGUGCUUUUUGUGUAAAGGGACGAAUCCAACACCACUGUGCACUAAAGACCAAAAUAUUGACUUUCAGCAAAUGUUUUCUAAGUAACGACCACUGGAUUUUAUUGAGCAAAGACUGGAGCCAAACGGCAUUGUGUUGUCCGUAGGGCUGAGGCAAGCUGGCUUCUGCUGGAGACCGUUUUCAGACUUAGCUCUUUGCACUGUAUAUUGUGCUUUUCUGUGUUAAUGUUUGACAUUUAAUAUUCGUUUCUGUGGGCUGACUGAAGAGAACAGGAGGCCCGUCCUCCUGCUACUGGCUGGCUUUGCCAGUUCGUGUGGUAUUUCGAGAGGUGCUCUGGCAGAUCCUUUCCGGCAGAUUCCAGACCGGUCAGGAGCCCCUCUCCAAAGGCAACCGCACAGAUCCCAGGUUCCCUCGGGAUUGGAGCCUCCUCUCCCCCCGGACAGAGAUGGAGCCCAGCUCCCUGCUCCCCCUAUCCCUGACUGGGAAUGUGUCGGCUCGGUUCUGUGACUCUCUGCCCCGACUCCUGGGCUUAUGAUGUGUCAGCGUUAAACGGGUCGGGGACGGAGCCAGAGAGAGUGAGCCCGAGGCGGGGGUGGGGGGGGGGUGGUUGCUGCCACGUUCUCCAUCCGACUGCCGCCGCCUCCUCCUGCUUGUUUACGCACUUCAGGGACCGGAGACCCGCCGGUGCUACAGCCGGUGCAGGAGGCAACACUGGGGCAGACCGCGGAGAUCGAUCGCUGUUCAAUUGAGAUCGCAGGUGGUGCCUGGAUCAAGGUCAAUGAUGCAGAGAGGAUUGCUAGGUUACUGCUGUAAAUAUUGAAUCUCAACUGUUUUUAAAGUUAAACAUAGACUAAUUAUUUAUAUAUUUAAAGUUGUAAAAGUUUCUAUGAAGUAUAAUAAACGGCUGUUUGUGGUAAUGGCUGAU